AUGGCAGCACUCGCUCCGGGAAUCGUGUUGAAGCUCCUGAACGGUCUGAACACGGGCGUGAAACCGACGAGCGAGCACCGCAGCUCACUCUUGCAGGUCACCGACAUCGUCCCCGCCGACCUCGACGAGAAGAAUUUGAUCCCCAAACAGGGCUUCUACAUCAAGGUCUCCGAUUCCUCUCACUCUAUCUACGCUAGUCUACCCUCCGACCAAGACGACGUCGUUCUCAGCAACAAGAUGCAGCUCGGCCAAUUCAUUUACGUCGAUUGCUUGGAACCGGGCUCGCCGGUUCCCGUUCUCCGCGGCGCCAAGCCCCUCCCCGGAAGACACCCUCUGGUGGGCACCCCCGAGCCCUUAAUGGGUCUGAGGACCCAAAAGCCCAGUUCUGUUCCCAGAAGAGGGUCUUGGGGAAAUAAUGGUGGUGAUGGGGUUUCGGUUUCUUCUCCUAUGGUGUUCAAGCCGGUGAAUUUGGACUUUGAGCAGUGUACCCCUGUGAAAGCGAGGAAUGGGGGUUUUCAACAUGCGGCAAUGUCUUCACCUUUGGUCAGAGGGAAGGUUGGGAGAGAGGGAACUCCAGUUUCUGCUGUGAGGUGCUCUGUUGGUGGAGGGCUUCUUGCCAAGAUGAGUGAUAUGAAAGGGGAAAGUCCUGCAUUGAUGAGGAAAAGCUGCGUGCUUGUCUCUUCCAAUGGCAAGUUUAGCAGGAGCAGGAGUGUUUCUGAACGAGAACAUAGAAUCCCUGCCGCUAGCCUCUUCAACUCAGCUGAGAAGAAAAGUGGGACUCCGCCACCGCGGUUGAAGAAUGCAAGAGUGGGCCCUUCCACUGGGGAUGCCAAUUGUCAAAAUCACAAUCUGGAUUCAAAUGUCACUUUUCAACCCCAAUCUCAGUCUACUACUAAUUCGGCUUUUGAUAAUUGCAAUAACCUUACCCUCCCCGUGAAUUUACCUGGAAAGCUCAGCUCUCUGGGGAAGGAAGCUGUGCAGCAGAGAGAAGUGGCUCAGAAGAUUGCCCUUCAAGCUUUAAGAGAUGCUUCAGCUUCUGAGACAGUAGUUCGGUCCCUCAAGACGUUCUCAAAUUUAUGCAAGUCAGCUCGAACUGAUGCUCCUGCGGCUUGUUUUGAACGGUUUUUAGAAUUCCAUAACGAGAUUGUGCAAGCAGUUAAUGAAAUGGUGUCCAUACAAGCAGCUACUUCAGCUUCGGAGUUGUCUCAGAAACCAGAGAAGCAACAGGUUUUGCAUGAAGUAGUGGAGAACUACGACAAUUCUGGGAUCAGUGACUCAAACUUGUCCAAAAGAAGGGGUGCUCUGUACAACAAGUCUAUGGCUGCCAUUCCUGAAAAGCAGGAGCAAAAGGCAAACAUGGGGAGGCCCCUAAGAUCCAGUUCUAACCAGAAGGAGAUUUUGGAAAAGAAAGGUUCUACCCCGCUUACAAAGAUGCCUCUGGAACCUAUAGUUGAAAAUGAUGAGAAUAAGAAACCAGGGGGGUCAUGCAGCUUAAGUAACACAAUCAAACUGGGAAAGCAGAUUGAAACAGAAGCUGGAAAUUGGUUUAUGGAGUUCAUCGAGAAGGCCUUGGAAACGGGUUUGAAGAAAACAAAGGAUGCAUCAGAUGGGGAUGUGAGGAAAGUUCCUCAGUCUCUCAUACUGAAAGUUAUGAAUUGGGUGGAGGUAGAACAGCACCAUAGUAACAAGCGACCAAGUCAUCCUAAAGCAGCACAAGUUGCUCGAAAGUUGAGAAUAAAGAUGAAAAAUCCUUAACAAUUUCCAUUCAAAAUGGUAAAAAAUGAAUGUAUGUGUGUAUGUUCUUGGAAUAGGUGACUUGUUUCUCAUAAAUCAAUUUUAUUGUCACGUCCCACUUAGGUUGAUAAUUGUUUGAAAUUUUUUAUUAUUUUCAUUAUUAUUUUAUACAUAUAUCAUAUAUAGAUGAUAUUCUUUGUUAUGAUGAGUAUUGCUAAUUUUAAAAGUCUGUUUUAAUUUUUUU